GGCACAACGCGGGGUAUACAACACCAGCGUUACGUGGAUCCACGCUUAUGGAUGACCUGCAGAUUGUAAACGGCGUUGAAUAUGAGAGUGAAACAGAUAGUUUAUCAGUCGGUGAGUGUAUUGACUCUGAUGGAUUGUUCAUGAGUCAUAUCGAAUGGGUACAAAAUCAAAGGAAAAAACAUUUUGAACUGCCUGAAACUGUCAAUGUUAUUGAAUGUGAGAAUCAGUGCAAGGUGUAUUUAAUCGGAACUGCACAUUUCAGUGAAGAAAGUAUUGCUGACGUCAAAAAGGUUAUGGAACAAGUACAUCCUGAUAUCGUUAUGCUGGAACUCUGUGCUAAUCGAAGUCAUACUUUGACAAUGGACGAAGAAAAUAUCAAAAAGCAACUUAGGGACAUUAAUAUAACGUCGAUCAUUCGAAAGCAUGGUGUCAGUUCAGGCGUUUUACACUAUCUCUUGCUUCGACUAAGUGGUUAUUUGGUUGAUACUCUUGGAAUGGCACCUGGUGGAGAGUUCAGAGCCGCCGCCAAAGAGGCGAUGAAGCAGCCUCACUGUCACGUUGUUCUAGGAGACCGUCCUGUAAACAUUACACUUUAUAGAGCUUUGGAGGCGUUGGGUCCAUGGACUAAGCUCAAGUUUUUUGUUGCUCUUCUAUUCAGUUUCCAACCCAUUACGAAAGAACAAAUUGAGGAGAUGAAAAAAACAGAUUUUCUGGAAAAACUGUUAGUUUCCAUGGCUGGUGAACACCCUGAACUAACAAGGAUAUUAUUAGAUGAACGAGAUCAAUAUCUAGCUCGUUCCAUUUGGGAGGCUACUGGAAUGGAAGAAUAUUUAAAAGCACAAGCACUAAAGCCGAAUUUUACUUCUGAGAUACACAAUCCGUCAAAUAUUGAAGAGUCUGUUGUGCAACACCGUAAAAAUAUUGAUCAGUCUAAUGACUAUUCACCAGAUGGAAUUGCUCACAGUUCUGAACGAGAUAAUUCCUUUAAUGAUCCCUCUUCUCCGCACCUGAGUUGUUGUUCGCACUGGCCACCGACCAGUAUACUGCCAAGAGUUGUUGUCGCUGUUGUCGGAAUAGGUCAUGUGGCUGGGAUCCGCAAAGUCUGGUCAACAGUUGACACAAUUAAAAAACAUGAAUUAUGCGUACUACUUGAACCUCCUCUUUCCUGGCGCAUAUUUAAGUGGUCGUUGCGAGGAGUUUUAGUUUCUUUAGUUGUUGGAGUUGUUUAUGGUGCGUGUCGGUGUUCAUAUAUUUUUGGUUCUUUUAUUUAUAAUCGACUUUUGUAAAUAAUUGCUUGUAAAGCUUAUGCACUAAGCCUGAACUGUGAUUUAGUUUUGUUCUACUCUUGUUGUCCUUUGUAUACUCUAAGAUCAAUAUUCUGUUGUAUAUUUUUCUUUGGACUAGGUUUUUCCGAUUCCUUUUAAACACAUGUUUUCCAUUUCGGCUGAUCUGUUAAUUAUACAUGUGUGUUCUAAAAUGUACUCUGUUUGUACCACUUAUUGAUUCAGUAUUUAGUUCUCACCUUGUUAUAAGAAAGUUAGUCAACGAUGGGUGGCUUGUAAUAAUCAUUUGAAGGCAAUUAAAAAAGCUGCUAAACCUAAUUAAA